AUUCACACCACUGUCACUCAGUCAACAAUAUCUGUCAAAAUUGUCAACACAGAAUAUUAGGAAUUUAUGCAAAAAUGCCGGGUAAAGCUACGUGGUAUACACCGAUAGCAGUUUUGAAGAACAAACAAGAAGGGUGGCAAAAAAUAGAAGACACAUGUUGGAAAGCUCCACCGGUGGACCUGACCAAGGAAAUAAACUACUUCAACAACGAUUUCCAGCACCACAGUUUGCCGGAAUAUGACCUAUAUUUCGCCUUUACCAAAACUCUACCUUUGUGGGAUGAAAGAAAAGGUAGAGAUAACAGAAGUUACUUGCCAGAUAUACAUGAGAACAUUUUUGAACAGGAGAAAUUGAAACCUAUUCCUGCUCUAACGUCUAUGAAUUAUGGAAGACCUUGUAGAGUACCCUAUGACGUGAGUGAUAUAACUUAUAGAAGACAGAAUGCCACAUCAGAUUUCAAGAGAAGAAGAGGAGUGGAAAUUUAGGAGAAACUCAAUGAACAGAUAAUUUUCCGAGUGAUACAAAUAUGUAUAUCAAAAUAUUGUUGUAAUCUGGUAACUUUGCAAUCAAAUAAAUGCAAAAAUUAUCUA